CCCGGGAAGCUGCAAACAGUGCCAGCAAGAUCCAAUGAGUACGCUAUUUUGCCGCACGUUGGCAUCCCAGUCGCCACCUAGCAUGCCCGUUCACUCACGCACGCCAUCGGAAAGCGGUAGUACUCGACCACUCUUGCAACGAGCGAACUCAUUGACCUUCACGACCUCUUCACUCAGGGACAGUACGCCACCGCCACCUUCCACAACACAGCAAGCAUUCAUUCCAUGCUCAGCAGCCUAUCAGACACUUUCGAGACAUGCCAACUUUGACGACUCGGAUCUCGGGCAGCUUGUGUCUGGGUUGCGUGUGGACAAGGCCGAUGGACGUGGCGUGUCUGUUACGUCUGUGCGAGAUGCGUUGAGGUCUCUCGACCGUGGCUUUGAUCGUAGUGCAUAGGCCAUUCAUGCAUUAGCAUAGCGUGUGUAGAGAGCACUCAUUCUCUGACUUGCGAACUUCUUGUCGACUGUCCGACCUGCAAGUACCAUACACUUGGAUUGGCCUUGACGAGCUAAGAAUGCGUCCUUGGACUAUCCAAACUGAUAAUGGGAUUGCUGCUUCAGCCAUUGAAACCAUACUGCCUUUUGAAGUUGAUCCAGUCAACGGCUUUAUCAGGGGUCAAAUAAUUGAUCCUGAACUGAUUCAAGGACAACUCGCCACGAAGCUGCUCCAUCGCCUCAAUCGCCUGUUCAACAUUCGCAAUGCCCGGCAAAGCAGCCACCUCAUCAAUCGCAUCAAUAAUGGCCUUUCUCUUGUAAUAAAACUUGCGAUCCGUCGGACUCGUACACCAAUUCUCGAGGCCGUAUUGGUCAUUCAAUGAAGCAAUGCUAGGGUACUCUUCA